AUGAACAUUUUCAAAUCCGUCAUACGCAAGCAGGAAAUGGCGUCUAAUCCCGCUGCCGACGAUACCUGCUGCGCGAUAUGCUACGAGAAAGUUGGCGAGGCCAAAGGAGAGGGCGACCGGGAGAUCUGGCGAUAUCUGCCCUGCGGUCACCGCUUUGGCGGUAACUGCAUACAGCACUGGCUAGGCGUCGCGAGCGUUGAUGAGCCUCACUGCCCAUGGUGUCGGGUCAGCAUGCUUUGUGACUGCGGGCAUCCCGUGGUACCGACGACGAAGCCAGCACGCAACUACAUGUACUGGGGUUGGAUGCCUUGCGAGAUAUGCCACACUCAGCUACAACGAUCCCGCAAAACGUCAAGAUACCUGAGGGGACAGAUCCUACCGCGACUCAACUCCCUCCUCCACUCCUUUGAUCACAACACGGCGUCUAUCCCGCAGGAGGUGCCAAAAGAGCAGGAAGAAUCGCCGACAAAAGAACCUUGGGAAGAUCGCGAGGUAUGGAGGAAGAAAUGGACCGAACACUUUUUGCAAGAGGAGCGUAAGGCGUCGGCGUCGAAGCCGCCCAAUAAAUGA